GGCAACAUAGUCUUAGACGGGCAGCACUCAUAACUGCAAUAAAGUUGCUGGCAGAACACAAGUGUCUUGAAAACUACCUCUAAAGAUGCCAUGUCGCGCCACUGUAGUGGCUUCUUCCUCUGCCUUUCUCUUCCUCUGCUGUCACCUCCCAACUCUCGUCAGCCUCCGGCCGGCCAUCUCCUUAACACAGAACACCAUGCCUUCAAUUAAGUCACAGAGUUCUGGUGGAGAGAUAUUUGAAGUUGAUGUGGAAAUUGUCAAACAAUCUGUGACUAUCAAGAUCAUGUUGGAAGAUUUGGGAAGGAAUGAUGAAGGAGAUAAUGACCCAGUUCCUCUACCAAAUGUUAAUGCAGCAAUAUUAAAAAAGGUCAUUCAGUGGUGCACCCACCACAAGGAUGACCCUCCUCCUCCCGAAGAUGAUGAAAACAAAGAAAGGCAAACAGACGAUAUCGCUGUUUGGGACCAAGAAUUCCUGAAAGUUGACCAAGGAAUACUUUUUGAACUCAUUCUCACUGCAAACUACUUAGACUUCAAAGGUUUGCUUGAUGUUACAUGCAAGACUGUUGCCAAUAUGGUCAAGAGGAAAACUCCUGAGGAGAUUCACAAGACCUUCAAUAUAAAAAAUGACUUUACUGAAGAGUGGGAAGCCCAGGUACGCCAAGAGAACCAGCGGUAUGAAGAGAAGUGAAAUGUUAUGCCUGACACUGUAACACUGUAAGGAUUGUUCCAAAUACUAGUCGCACUGCUCUGUUUAUAGUUGUUAAUAUUAGACAAACAGUAGACAAAUGCAGCAGCAAGUCAAUGGUUAUUAGCAGAAUAUUGUCCUCAUUGCAUGUGUAGUUUGAGUACAGAUUCCAAACCUAUGGCUGAAUUUCUUCCAGUAUGAUCAAAAGUUUCUUUUUUCUUUGCCGUGAAUAAAACUGAACUGUAGGUUCUCUGUAAGUGGAAUUUUGGCCUUUCCCUCUUUUUUGUAAAGCAAUGUCUGCCUAGUUUAUUGUCCAGUUAACUUUAGUGACCUUUUGAAAGUUGGCACUGUAAAUAAACCAACUUGCAAAAAAAGUUUUCUGGACUAGAAUUAACAAAAUGUUAUCUUUAUUCAUGAGUUAGAAACUGGAAAAAGGCUUCUUGAAGUAAAUGUUCUGAGUGGAGUUACUAGAAUGUCUCCCAGCCUCCUGCAGUCAAGGAGAACCACUGUAUUGAUUAACCUAUAUGUAGCAGGGCUCCCUUCAUUGCAUCUGAGGAUUUGUUUUCUCUUUCUUUAAUUUUAUUUUUAAUCCUCUUAGCUUUAAAUAUAUUGCCUAGAGACUCAGUUACUACCCAGUUUAUGGUUUUUUUGGGGAAAUGUAACUGGACAGUUUGUUAGCUUUUAAUUAAAAAGACACUUAACCUAUGG